UUUUUGAUUCAAUAGCAUAAUUUAGAUGUGAGACAUACGGGAACUGGAUUUGUGACCAUCUAGACUUAUUGGUACCUUUUAUCUGUUGCACCUGUAAGAUUCGAGAGCCCACAGAGAAGCAUACAGCUAAAGGAUAACCAAAGACCGAUUUUAUAGAUCCCCAAAGGUAACCAUUAACCUCAAAGAAUAAUUGAAAUCGGAAGAGUACUGGGAACGAACUUAACUAUUCUCUUAAAAUACCCUUGUUUGUUAUAUUUACAUCAAUUUUUAUAUUUAUUUUAGCUUUCAAAACUUUUAGAAAUACAAGAAUAAUGCCUAUGUCUCGAGUUUAUAUUGGAAAUCUUCCGUCUCGUGCCACUGAACGCGACUUGGAGCAUUUCUUCAAAGGAUUUGGCAAAAUACGUGAUGUUAUGUUAAAAAAUGGAUUUGGAUUUGUGGAGUUCGAUGACUCACGCGAUGCUGACGAUGCUGUCUAUGAGCAAAAUGGCCGUGAACUUUGUGGGCACCGAGUUGUUGUGGAGAUUUCUCGUCGCACAUCUGGCCGUAAUGAGAACAAUCGAUAUGACAACAGAGGUUAUGAUAAUCGAGGUGGCGGAUAUAGAAGUGGCCAAAACUUUCGGCGUGAAGGUCGUACUAAUGGACGUUUUCCUCCACCACGUGAGACUCGUCACAAAAUGUUGGUACAAAAUUUGUCUACUCGUUUUUCUUGGCAGGACUUGAAAGACAUGUUCCGCGGGGCUGGCGAAGGUGAAGGAGGCGUUACAUAUGCUGAAGCCCACAAACGUGUUCGUAACCAGGCAAAUGUUUGUUUCGCUACUCAUGACGAUUUGCGUCGUGCAAUGGAGAAAUUUCAAGGAAAAGAAAUUAACGGCCGUCGAAUUAAAUUAAUUGACGAUUCUGAAGACAGUGGAGGCAAACGUCGUCGCUCCCCCAGCCGUUCACGUUCUCGUAGCCGUUCUGGUUCGGCACGCCGUUCAGCUUCAGCACGUCGUUCUCCUUCACCACACCGUUCAGGCUCGCGAUCUGAACGUCGUUCACGUUCUCGCAGCAACUCAACUCCAGCAAAGAAUGGCGCUGAAGAAGGAAGUCCAGCACCGAAACGAAGCCGUUCACGUUCUCCAUCAGCUUCAUCACAUGAAGAAGGCAAGUAA